AUGUCUGAUUACUACGGCGGAUACGAACACGGUGGAUUCUCCACUUCCACCACUACAACUGGUUCCCAGCCAGUUUCUGCCGGCGCCAACUCCGCCGCAGUCCGUUCCUCUCUCACACCCGUGACAAUUAAGCAAAUCAACGAGUCCACGCAACCAGUCCCUGAUGGACCUUUCCACGUCAACAACAUGGAAUUAAACAUGGUCAGUUUCGUUGGUAUUAUCCGCAAGAUCACCGCUUUCGAAUCCGCCAUCUCGUUCACCAUCGAAGACGGCACAGGGCUGACUGAGAUCCGGAAAUGGAUAAAUAGCGACCAAACCUCCAAGGACGCUGAAGAAGAAAGGUAUGCUGGCUGGUUAAACACGUAUGUGUGUGUGGGCGGGUCCUUGAAGGCAUUCAAUGGCAAGACCUCGCUCCAAUACUCAGGUAUACACCAAGUCACCGACUCCAACCAAGUCGUGUACCACCACUUGGCUGCUAUCCACACCCAUUUGAAAGCGCAAGGCGUGCCUCUGUCCUCCACUAAGAACGAACAAAGCUUGUUUGUCGGUGAAAACUACAACAACAACAACAACACCAACACCACUGGCAAUGCCGGUGCCUCCAUGAUUGACCAGGUGUUUAAGAUCUUGCAGGAAAACAGUCAGGCCAUGGCCGAAGGUGUUCCGGUGACUUAUAUCGGCCAGAGAUUGAACAUCACCCCAGAAGAAGCCAACAAGUACUGUCAAGAGUUGAUGGAACAAGGAAGAGUGUUUAACGGGUAUGAGGAUUCGGGUUACCUUUGUUUAUAA